AUGGAAAUAAUUCAAAAAUCAAAUCUUAAUCAGUGGAAAGAAAUAGAAUUUGAAAGAAAUUUAUGCAUUUCACAUACUUCUAGAAAAUCAAAUGAAUAUUCUGCAGGUACUUAUUCACCAAAAAAUAGUGAUAUAUCAUAUGAAUAUAUAGAUAAUACAUCUACAUCUACUUUGAGUAAAGAUGAAGUAUUAAGAUCUUUAAGUACAAUAAAGAAAAAUAUUAAUGAUGAGGAUAAUAAAAUAACAACUAUUUUAUCUACAAUUAUAUCUAUUUCAUCUGAUAUUAUAGAUACAUAUCAAAAUACCUUUAAUAAUGAAAUAGUCAAGACUAUAGAGACUUUACAUGGCUUUAAUUUAUACUCAAUUGUGAUGUUUUUACAUAAACUUAAUUUGAAAUCAUGUUUAAAUAAAAAAUAUUAUAUGAGUUAUAUUACAUUAAUUAUUACCUUGUUUUUUCAACUUGCAUAUACAACUGAGAGCUCACGUAAACUAUUUAGUUCGGCACUUUCAGGGUAUAAAAAAAACUCAGGAACACAAUAUAAUUCUUCAGAUAAUAUUAAGCAUAUACUAAGUUAUGUAUUCAGUAAGAUACCAGGUGUCGCAUACUUUUUAGUUGGUUUAUUUCUCUUUAUACUGAUAUAUAUAUAUUUCCCUAUUGGAUUAUGCAAUAAAAAGAAUACACCAGAGGGACCAGAUACAUUGGAAGAAUUGAAUGAAAGUGAAGUAGAAGAGGAAUCUUCUUUUGAAUAUGCAGACGAAGAAUCAAGAAUUACUAAUACUUCGGUUUCAUUUCCCCAAUUACAGAGUCCAUUGUGUAGAAUUCAAUUUAAAAAUGACGAGAAACCAGAAGGAGAGUCCUCUAAUCAAGAAAAACAUUAUGAAGAAGAAGGGGAAAAACAUAUAGAAGAAAGGGAAAAAGAGAAUGAAAAAAGUAAUAUUAAAGGGAAGAAAAAAAAUAUUCAGUGGAGACUUUUGAUUGAAAUACAUAUGACAGAAAUGAAGAAACAAAUGAAAGAGGCAUGUGAUUUGGAAAGAGAAAAUUUUUUUGAAAUAUGCUUAGAUAAAUUGAAAAAAGAUGAAAAACAACAAGAGGAUGAUAUAAACAGUGACAUAAUUUUAGAAAGACAGAGUUUAUUAAGGAAUAAGUGGGUACAGAGAUAUAAAAUGAUGAAGAAUAUAUGGAAAAAUGAAGAAUGGUUUAAAAAAUUGAAGGAAGAAUGGGAAAAGGAAAAAAAUAAAUAUUUAAAGGCUACAAGUGGAGAAAUAGCAAAAAUGAGGGAAGAAAUAGAAAGAACUCCUAUAUUUGAGGGAGAAAUGGAAAUGUGGAGUAAAUGGAUUCAUAAUGAGAAAAAGAUUACACAGCUGGAUACAUGGAGCAAAGAGGAAUGGUUUAAAAAUCUAGUAGAGGAACAAAAAAAGGAAGAAGAGAAAUAUAAAAAAGAAGCAAGCACAAAAUAUAUGAUAGAGGGAGACAAUAGUAAGGGAUAUUUAAAGAGUACAGAAGCUAAAGAAGUAAGAAAUGAUAAAAUAGAAAUGGAAACGAAAAAAAAGUUGAUAUGCAAGUUAUGGAUUGAGAUACAUAUGAUGGUCGUAGAGGAAUGUAUGAAAGAUGAAUGGAAAUUAAUGAAAGAAAAUUUUUUUAAAAUAUACAUGAAGGAUUUAAGGAUACCAAAGGAGGAAAAUAAAGAAGUGAUAGAAAAAGGAAAAAAAGAAGAAAUAGAAGAAACACAAAAUGAGAAGAAAAGAAAAAAAAUUAGAAAAAUGGAAAAAUGA